GCGGGAGGGGAAGGUUGUGCGCACUAUCGGCGCGGCAGGGAGGGAUGAGCACGAGUACGCCGCAGCCGAACAAAGGAAAGCAGCGCAGAGCCCUGUUGAGGGCUGACUCGUGAGAACGCAGAGAUUCACAGCCGACCCCGUUCACCUCCCGCCGCCACGCUGCAGCCGAGCAACUCCACCCGUAUCGAGCAAGAAGAUCUCGAUAUGGAUCAGGACAUAAACUUCGCGGCACAAUGCCUAAUAGCUAUGUCUAAUUCUAAAUUCAACGGUAACGGAGGUAACUGGAAUGCCUCGUCAGUGCCUCUGGACUUGUCUCCACAUCGUGGAGCUGCCGUCAUUGUGGACAAGGUACCCGGUUCUGGAUUGUGGGAACCGGAGGCGGCUGUCGCAACGGCUGGGGCUGCGUCGCCCAGCUCGGCGGGGUCCGCCCCCGAGUUGUAUAUGGUAGCGCGGAUUCUGACGGAUUUAACAAGUAUCAAACAGGAACCUGUGCCCAACGUUCCCAGUGACGAUGACGGGGGUAGCAGCGCAGCCGACGAAUUGAUGAUCGAUGAAGAAGAGGAGGAAGUUGUGUGCGAGGUGGAUAUGAACGAUGCCGCGUCAUCUUCGUCGUCUGCGCGCACAAAACGUCCGGCCGGUAACGGCGGUAGUGGCCGGCAGGGGGCGGGUCGCAAAGCCCCCAGCAGCGGCGGCGGUAGCAGGCCCAGCAGCCGGGCCGCCAACACCGUAGCUGCCCUCGCCCGGAAGGUCCACAGAUGCGACUUCGACGGCUGCGACAAAGUAUACGGAAAGAGUUCGCAUCUGAAGGCCCAUCUUCGAACACAUACAGGGGAGCGACCAUUCCCGUGCACGUGGUCUGGCUGCGGCAAGAGGUUCGCCCGCUCGGACGAGCUGGCACGCCACACGCGCACCCACACCGGUGAGAAGAACUUCUGCUGCCCCGUCUGUGACAAGAAGUUCAUGCGCAGCGAUCACCUGAGCAAACAUGCCCGCAGGCAUCCAAAUUUCGACCCGUCAGUCCUGCGACAGCGAAGACCACCUCAUAAGGCGUGCUCCAUAAAUUCCAGUGAGGGUACACCAUCCGAGGUGCUGUCCGAUUCGGUGCCAUCGCCCUAGCACCCUCAAUAUGCUGCCACCGCCGCAAACCAUCUCUGAAGCAUUUUAUUGUUCUGUGGUGGUUGCAGUUUGCAGUGACCGAAAUGUAACUGGAAAUGUAGAUUUAGUGUCUUUAAAGAACCUUAAUAACUAUUAUUUUUAGAACUGUUACCCUCAUUAUUUUUUAUCGUCUCUUCCACUAUCGCAAUGUAGUGGACUCUACUAAGUCUUUCUAUAAAAAGCAAUUAAGAGAACGCCAUGAAAGGAUGCUGUUGAUAGCUGGCUGGCUGUUACAAUCUGACAGUUAUGUGCUCUUCCCAUUUAAUUCAUUUCUAACCUCACGGCACAUACUUGUGACAUGUCACUUGUUAUUAAAAGAAUUGUUAAUGUAUGGAGGUAAUGCAUGAAAUGUCCUGUCAGCUGUCAGUAUAUCACAGUUACUCUUUCAAACAUUUUGACUGGGAGCUUGUUUGCACGAUUCGGUCACUGUGUAUAUUAUUGUGUAUAAACUUGAAAACUUAGGCCUUAUUACCUUUUUAUACUAAUGUAAUUAAACAUGUGAUUUUUCUGAUGAUGGUGUACGAGGACUCAAAGUAAUUUGGUUGGCGUGUACGAAAUUGUAAUGUGGUUUCAUAGGGCUGGAUGUGAAGUUCAGCAGUCUUGUACAUGUAGCCACGAUUAAAUUGGAGGCAAUGUUUGGA